AUGCAUAUGGGUACAGAACCUGUCCAUAUGUUCCAGAUUCCAUUCCAGGAGCUGGUUACAGGUGGAUCAGCAGUAGCGUACAGCUCAGACACACAACAUCCGUCUCUGCCCUUGCAGGAGAACUGGGAGCGAUGGAACGCCGCCUGCCAGCCGGAGGAGGAGGAGGAGGAGGCGGUGGGGACGCGGGAGCGGCCGACGGAGGAGCCCGACCUGGUGAUCGAGGUGUCCGGGCGUCGCAUCCGGGCGCACAAGUCGGUGCUGGCGGCCAAGAGUGACUACUUUCGUGCCCGCGCCUCACGGGACGUCCUGCGGGUGAAGGGGGUGAGCUACGGGGCACUGCGGCUUCUCAUCGACUACGUGUACACAGCCCGCAUGGGCGAGGUGCGGCACGAUAACCUGGCCGAGGUGGUGAGCGGCGCCCGCGUCCUCCAGAUGCCUUGCGCCCUGCACUGUGCCGCCGAGGCCAUGCGCGCCCAGCUCCGCCUCGACAACUGCUACCAGCUCCUGCUAGCAGAGCUGCGGGAGGCCGCCUACCGCUUCAUGAGCGACCACUACCUGGAGGUGCUGCGGGAGCCCGGCGUCUACGGCCGCCUCACUGGCACUGAGCGGGACCUCAUCCUGCAGCGGCGCAUGGAGGCCGGCCGGCCCUGCUUGCUGGUGGCCGAGGUCAGUGAUGCCUUCGAGCGGCCGGGUGGCGGCAGCCGGCCACAGAGCCGUGAGAGCAGCCGGCCGCAGAGCCCCUCCUCUGUGGUGUCGCUGGAGGAGAGCGGCUCCCUCAUCCACUGCUACCAGGAGGCCAGCGGCGAGUGGAGGGUGCUGACACGCCUGCCCGAGGAGGCCAACGCCAAGGGUUGCGCCAUGUGCGUCCUCCACAACUACCUCUUCCUAGCAGGGGGUAUCACGGCGGGGCCGGCGGGCAGCGAGCCCCGGGCCCGCCUCUCCGACAAGGUCUUCUGCUACAACCCCCUCACUGAUACCUGGAGCCAGGUGCGGCCACUGGCUCAGCCCCGCUCGCAGCUCAAGCUGCUGGCCCUGGACGGUUACCUCUAUGCUGUGGGGGGCGAGUGCCUCUUCACCGUGGAGAGGUAUGACCCGCGGGCCGACCGCUGGAGCCCUGUGGCACCCCUGCCCAAGGGUGCCUUCGCUGUGGCUCACGAGGCCACCACCUGCAAUGGGGAGAUCUAUGUGUCGGGGGGCUCCCUCUUCUACCGCCUGCUCAAGUAUGACCCCAAGCGGGACGAGUGGCAGGAGUGCCCUUACAAUAGCAGCCGCCGGCGCUCUGCUGACAUGGUGGCCUUCAAGAGCUUCAUCUACCGCUUCGAUGUGAGCAGCGGCCGCGGUGGGGAGCAGGGCCCAGGCGGCGGGACUGGCGGUGGUGUUGAAGUUUUCCGGUACAACACAGUGGCCAAGCGCUGGAGCCAGUGCGCUAGCCUGCGGCCCAGCGGCGGCCCCAUCCAGCCCUUCCGCUGCGCCCCCUUGGGCAACACCAUCUACUGCGUCAACCGGACCGGCACCCUCCGCUUCAGCCUAGCCCAGGACGGUGAGGUGGAAGCGGAUGGCGGGCUCAAGGGUACCUUUGACGGGGAGCUUCUUAAAGCUCCCUUGGAUGCCAAGGGUGUCCUCCUACCCUUUGUGCUUACCCUGCCCGAGAGGCUGGACAAAGCGGGGGACCAGGAGAGUUCCCUCCCGCUGUGA